AUUAAUUUCCAAACUGAUUAGGCUGCCAAGUCCUUUUAUUUAAAUAAAUCAACAAUUGCCUUCAUGUGACUCCUGCUGAAGAACGCAGCGCUAAUCCUGACUCCUCCCAGGAGGAAGGCCGGUGCCGCCCGCGAUGACCAAUAGCCCAGCACGUCGUGGGGACAGGCAGGCGCUGUGGCCGGAGCCGCCGGCAGAAUUCCCUCUGCCCACUGCUCCGGAUGCUGCGGUUUCACGAUCGCCCGAGCCGAUCUAACCGCGGGCUGCUGUGCUUGUGCUCUCCCUGGUCCCACCCUCUUACUCAUGCUGGCUGGGAAGAGCUGUUCCAGCAUGCCGAGCUGGCAGAAAACUCGCGCAACAAUUAAAAAAAAGAGGUUUCUGUCAAGUCAGAGCACUGGAAACAGCUCAGCCAAACGCGCGGCGCGCAGCACCGCAGGUGAGGGAGGUAACCUGACCUGACCUGAGGUGGGCCCAGCGCCAAAGUUAACCCUGCUGCGAGUAGCGGAACGAAGCGUAUCCCAUCCCGAAGCGUCCAAAGCGGAGCAGAGCGGCGACGCCAGCGCGGCUCGGUGACUCGGUGCGGUGUCUGCAGUGCGGUGUGGGGCUGCCCAGCCGGCCGGGCUGAGCGCGGUGCCGGGGCGGCUCCGCGGUGCCGCGUCCCGCCGGGGCAGCCCGGCUGUGCCCGAGCCUCGCGGCACUGAGCGCCUGCUGCUCCUCCCGCGGCACGGAGGAGCGGGAGGCUGCCGGGCGGAACCUGGGUGGGCUGAGGCCGCGAAACGGAGUUCUCAGGGAACGAGGGUGAGCUGCGGCCGCCUCUGGGGUCAAGCGUGCCCGGUUACGAACACAAGGACAAUGGGUGCUUGGGCGAGGUUACACGGAGCCGCCGGCUGCGGGACAGGGUUACCCUGUUGCCCUCCUGUUUCCCACAGGGCUGAGAUGGUCCGGAUUGCCCGUUCUGGCGCAAAGCCAGCUGGCGGGAAGUCCUUUCUGUUGGCUUAGCCGGACAAACACGUUUAACAGCGUGCCAGGAAAAACUCGAGCCAGCGCGGGCUGGGACCAUCCCAGGAGCUGGCAGCCAAACUUUGGGACAACUCCUCUGGAUCAGCGCGGCGGGCCGGGACCGUCCCAGGCGCUGGCAGGCACAGCGCUCGGGAAAACCCCUCCGGACCAGCCUCAUCCCGCAUCGAGCCAGAGGCGGCGGCGGCCGAAUUACUAUUCACGGUGGUCAUGAAUAUUCAUGAGGGCGGCCGCCUCGCCCCCCCACUCCGCCCGCGUCACGUGACGCCGCGAGGCCGGAAGCGGCCCUGCCGGCCGGGCUCGGGGACGCCGCGCGCCCGCCCGCCACAGGCACUUCCGCCCUUCCGCCAGCCCGGGCUGCCCGCGCGCCGGCGCCCUCCGCGCUUCCGAGCCGGCCCUGGAAGGAGGAGAAAUGCAAGAGGAGGGAGAGUGAGAGGGGAGGGUACGUUGGCAUCUGUCUGAUACUAGACUGGUGAAUAGGAAGAAGGUCCCAUCUCUGGCCUGUUUGUGGAAGCUGGGAUGAUGAAGGCCCUGCAGUGGGAACGUGCUGUGGUACAGGGUUGAAGCUCCAGCCCAUGUCUGGUAGUUAUAGAGCAAUUGGAAGGGUUACGAGCAGAGUUCUGGUAAAGAUGGAAGAAUCUCAUUUCAACUCCUCCCCGUACUUCUGGCCAGCAGUGCCCACCGUCUCGGGACAGAUUGAGAACACCAUGUUCAUUAACAAGAUGAAGGAGCAGCUAUUGCCCACAGAGAAGGGCUGCAGCCUGGCUCCCCCCCACUACCCUGCCUUGCUGACAGUCCCCACCUCUGUGGCGCUGCCCACUGGUAUCUCCAUGGACUCAGACACCAAGCCGGAGCAGCUGACACCACACAGCCAAGCCCCCGUGACUCAGAACAUCACCGUGGUACCAGUGCAGUCUGCUGGGCUCAUGACAGCAGGUCCUGGUCUGGUGAUAACUUCUCCGUCAGGUUCUCUGGUGACCACAGCCGCCUCUGCCCAGACCUUUCCCAUCUCAGCUCCCAUGAUUGUCUCUGCGCUACCCCCUGGCUCCCAGGCAGCCCUACAGGUGGUUCCAGACCUGUCCAAGAAAGGGACAACCACCCUCGCUGAAGGUGGUGGGGGUGGGGGAGUUGCCCCCAAACCACCCCGGGGCCGGAAGAAGAAACGAUUGCAGGAGUCGGGGCUGCCAGAGAUGAGCGACCCCUUUGUGCUGACAAACGAGGAUGAUGAGGACCAGCACAAGGAUGGCAAGACAUACAGGUGCCGGAUGUGUUCGCUGACCUUCUACUCCAAGUCGGAGAUGCAGAUCCACUCCAAGUCCCAUACGGAGACAAAGCCACACAAGUGUCCUCACUGCUCCAAGAGCUUCGCCAACAGCUCCUACCUGGCCCAGCACAUUCGUAUCCACUCAGGGGCCAAGCCCUACACGUGCAGCUACUGCCAGAAGGCCUUCCGCCAGCUCUCCCACCUGCAGCAGCACACACGGAUCCACUCCAAGCUCCACACGGCGAUUGUCAAGCCGCACAAGUGUCCUCACUGCUCCAAGAGCUUCGCCAACACAUCCUACCUGGCCCAGCACCUCCGCAUCCACUCGGGGGCCAAGCCCUACACCUGCCGCUACUGCCAGAAGGCCUUCCGCCAGCUCUCCCACCUGCAGCAGCACACACGUAUCCACACCGGGGACCGACCCUACAAAUGUGCUCACCCUGGGUGUGAAAAGGCUUUCACCCAGCUUUCCAACUUGCAGUCCCACAGACGGCAGCACAACAAAGACAAACCUUUCAAGUGCCACAACUGCCACCGUGCGUACACGGACGCUGCCUCGUUGGAGGUGCACCUGGCUACGCACACGGUGAAACACGCCAAGGUCUACACCUGCUCCAUCUGCAGCCGGGCCUACACCUCGGAGACGUACCUGAUGAAGCACAUGCGGAAACACAACAUCCCUGACCCACAGCAGCAAGUGGUUCAGGCACAAGCCCAGGCCUCGCAGCAGCAGCAGCACUUCCAGCCGCAGGGCGGGGGGGCAGCAGGGGGCCCUUCUGGAGACACUAACCAACCCAACCCUCCCCCCCAGUGCUCCUUUGACCUGACUCCUUACAAGACUUCAGAGCAUCACAAGGACAUCUGCCUCACUGUCAGCACCAGCGCCAUCCAAGUGGAGCACCUCUCCAGCUCCUAGAGAGACCUCAACCCAGGGAGCAGAACGCCUCUUGUGCAUAGCCUGUGCCAGGGGCACCGCUUGUGCAGCGGCCCUCCUCGUGCAACAGUUUCCGGCCUCUCCUCCUGCAGCAGCCUCUUCUGGCUGUGUAACCCUGUUCAUGGCAGCCCCUUGCACAACAGCCUGUCUCAAGGGGGUGCUCCUUCUGUGCAACAGCCUGCCUGGUAGGAGGAUGCUUCCUUGUGCAAGAGCCCCUUUCCUGUGCUGGGAUCACUUCCUCAUGCAAGAGCCCCUCCUUUGAAACCCAAAGAAAGGCCCCUGUUUUGCCUUCUCUCUCACUGUAGGAUGUGUACGAAGCGGGGUUGCGUGUUGAGACACGCAUGGUGGAUGGGAUGGAGAGACGGCCCUUGUAUAUACAGGGGCUUGGACACGUGUUUUUAGCAGGCCGCAGAAAAAUGUGGCAGGGUUCACAGCUGGAUGGGGUUCUUUGAGGAUUGCCUUGAGUGUCUAAGAGAGAAAUAUCCAUUCCUGUCCCUCCUGCUUGUGAAAGGGAGGAGGGGUCGCUCGUCCUGCCCCAAGGACUGGAUGGGAGAAACCUUCUCCCCAGUGGAAGGUGAGACCAGUGGAAGGGGGAGAGGUGAGGCAUGUUCUUUGGGAUGGACAGGUGCCUACACUGCCUAAGGGCUGUGGAGUAUUGCAUUCUUUCUCCUCCCCUAGAGAGGAGUAGAGAGGAGUCUGUCUGAACUGGCUGCUGCCUCUCUCUCACAGCUGUCUGAGCAGCACAGUGGCCCCAUAGGAAUGUGGGUUCCUGCUCAUUGCCCUUCCUGCCUGUUGUGGAUGAUAUCCUAGCAGCUUGUACUCCUCCUCCUCUCCCUCCUGCUUUUCCCCUCCUCAGAAAGGCCUGCAGGCAUCAACAACAAACCAAAAAGCAACUGGAGGGAGGGUAAGAGACUGCCAAAAUAAUCAUCACCCUUCUCUCUACUCCCUUUCCUGAAAGGCGGAAUGACAGCAGUUCUGACACUCACAUACCUGUCCUGCCCCCAGUUUCCCAAAGGGAGAGAGGAGGAGGAGGAGGAGGAAUAGACCAGUCUUUUCAAGGGGCUGGCAGGAAGCAGGGAAAGGCUAGCUUCUCCUGCUCAUCUCUUGCCAGAGUGCUCUCCCAGGCUCCCUCUUGCCAAGACGGGCUGGACUCACAUGGCAGUGGUGGCUUCUUCUGGACCCUGGUCAUGGGAGAGAAUCCCCAAAAGGUGGACAGUGGAGAGAAGGGGAUGAAGAUCCCCACAGAGAGACCAAUCUAAUGAGAAGGGGGAGCCAACAAGAAUAAACUGAAGGCCCCUUGAAUUUAUAUAUAUAUAUAUAUAAAUAUCUAUUCCCCACCCCUGGCCCGCUCUGUCCUUGCUGUAACUGUUUCUAUCUCUGUGUUUAUAAAACGCAUUAUCCUGGCGAAUUUUUAUUUUCAAUCUUCGUUUGUUUUUCCCUUUCUCUUCGUCUUCAAUUCUCCUUCCUCUUUUUUUUUUUUUUUUUUUUUUAAUUGGUCCACAUGACUGCUAGUCUUGUGUGUUACUUAGUUUUUUUGGAUCAUGGAGGCUGACUUGGAAGAGAAUGAGAAGGCAAGGGAAAAAGCAUGUGUUGUUGGGUUUUAAAAUCAGUCACCCACCCAAAGCCUAUAGAAUCCCAGACUUCUGUAUGAACAACCAAUAGGGGCUUCUAUUUUAUUUUUUUUAACCACCCUGUAUAGAAAUAAAUUGGUGUAAAAGG